AUGCCCAGCAGCACAGGAUCGCAUUUCAGACCAGCCUCCACAUGGACGCCCUCACCCAACAGAAACCCAGUACUGCAGACCUUCAUCAAACUGGUACUCAGGGACGCGCUGCCUGCACCAAUCCAAAAGCCCCCCCCCCGUUUCCACAAUUUUCCGACCGAACAGCGACUAGCGCUGGAGCCACUGACCAUCAACGAAGAUUUAGUCAUUGAACCUUGCGACAAGGGAGGAGGAAUAGCAAUCAUGAAUCGCGUAGACUACAUCGCAGAAUGCAUGAGACAGCUCAACAAUACUACCCACUAUUCUCCACAAACCAUAGACCUCACCCCUAGACACAGAAUAGAGAUAGACAAACUCCUCCUCAAAGGCCUACACACAGGAGAAAUCAACAAUAAAGAAUACUCGGUGCUCACGCCAAAAGAUACCCGAACGCCAAACUUCUAUAUCAUGCCCAAAGUGCACAAGCAAGGCAACCCGGGUAGACCCAUCCUAUCCGCAAACAGUAGCCCAACCGAAAUGAUCUCCGCCUUCGUGGACCACCACAAUAAUACCUUGGUACGCAACAUACUCUCGUACAUUAGGGACACGGUAGAUUUCUUCUCCUUCAUCAGUAACUUCCCACCACUACCCCCCGAAGCGCUUCUCUGUACACUGGAUGUUAGCUCACUCUACACUAACAUCUCCCCCGACGAAGGAAUACAAGCUCUGCGCCAAGCCCUUGACACACGACCGGCACCGCAGAAACCUUCCACAAACUUCCUAGCAGACAUAGCAGAACUGAUUCUGACCAAAAACAACUUUCAGUUCAACAACCACCACUACUUACAAAUACAAGGUACACCAAUGGGCUCGAAGAUGGCACCGUCUUAUGCCAACCUCUUCAUGGACAAUCUAGAACGCAAGUUUCUAUCCUCCACAACACACCAACCGCUCACCUGGAAGAGGUAUAUCGACGAUAUCUUCGUUAUCUGGACCCAUGGCACCGACGCCUGGGACUCAUUCGUCACAAACCUUAAUGGCUUCCAUCCCACCAUCAAAUUCACGGAAUCUCACAGAUCGUUAUGUCUCCCCUUCCUAGACGUACGGGUAACCAUCGACAAGGGGUCCUUGCACACAGACGUAUACUGUAAACCCACAGACUGCCACCCGUACCUCAGGACAGAUUCAGCCCACCCUAAGGCACUCAUAGACAACAUCCCCUACGGGCAAUUCUUCCGCCUAAAAAGGAUCUGCUCAAACAAAGUGCGCUUCGACACGUGCUGCCAGGAGUUUAAGCACCUGUUCCUGAAACGGGGCUACAAGGCAGACCUGCUAGAUAAGUCUAUACAAAAAGCGUCACAAUGCUCACGAGAAUCACUGCUAAAACCCAAACCAAAAGCAGUGAACACAAACCUAAGAAUUUCCUUUAUCAUGGAAUACAACCCCAGUAACCCACAGAUCAAACAGAUCAUCCAAAAACACUGGCACGUUCUAUCAGCCUUACCGGCCCUGAACCAUAUUCUCGACCAUCCGCCUAUCUUCGCCCUAAGCAGAGGCGAAGUUAGCGAAGUCCUGCGAGCGAAACGACAGCCGAACAUGCCCCUGCUCUGUAUUUCGUUGAUCUGGGCAGCAAAGCCGCAAUGA